AUGGCAUCUCAACAGUGGAAAGUGGGCGAGCCCUGGCUUGACCUAAAAUGUGCGCUGGGCGAAGGACCGUUUUAUGAAAAGGAGACCAACUCGCUGCGUCUUGUUGACAUCAAGAAGAAACACGUGCACACCGUUUCUUUAAGCGACGUCUCUCUAAAGACUAUCCAGCUGGACGUUUGCCCAACCGUCACGGCUGACAUCGAGGGGGUGGAACCUCAGGAUCGCAUUCUGCUCGGUGUCAAACAUGGACUUGCAGUGCUGGAUCGUCAAGCCGGAACAUACAAGAUGCUCGCGCCGUUCAACGGCCAGGAAAACGACGAGCGUAUACGAGCCAACGACGGAGCGGCAGAUCCCCAUGGCAAGUUUUGGCUGGGGACCAUGACGGACUUUGGGCUUGGGGAAUUUCAACCAGAAGGGUUUCUGGCACGUUUUGAUUCGUCCAAGGCAAAAGAGGAGGUCCUAACGGGCCUGGUCAUCCCCAAUGGCAUUGGGUGGUCACCAGAUAACAAAACCAUGUACUUUACUCACUCCAAGACUCGAGAGGUGUUCGCCUUUGACUACUCGCCGGAAACGGGGGCAGUAAGCAACAAACGCCUUUGGUAUCGGCAUGAGGGACCAGGCGAGCCCGACGGCUUCCGCGUCGACGUGGAUGGAAACGUGUGGCACGCGAUUUAUGGGGAGAGCUCGGUUCUCAAGAUCAGUCCCGAUGGCAAGGUGAUUGGAAGCAUAACUCUGCCGACUAGGAACAUUACCUGUGUCCAGUUUGUGGGGACGGAGCUGUUCAUCACGUCAGCAACGGACGAGGAGGGCGAUGAGACGAGUAAGAGGUAUGGCGGUGGUGUCUUUAAGGUUGAUGUGGGGAUUGCGGGUUUAGAGCUGUUCAAGUUCAAGUUAUAA